CACAUCGCGUCUCUGCUCUAAUCACCACGAUGGCCGACCGCUCUCGACGUGAAAAAGUGUCCAAGCUCGAUAAGCUUGCCGAAUACAAACUUGCUAGGCAAGGUGGAGGUCGCGUACGACGGACCGAAGACGUGGACCUUUAUGACGAAGUCUCCGAGGAGCAGUACAGAAGCAUCGUACGUGGGCGGCUGCAGAAGGACGACUUUGUUGUGGACGAUGGCGUUGAUGGGUACGCGGACAAUGGCAUUGAGGACUGGGAUGUACAAGAGGAACACGACUACGACUCGGAGGAGGAAAGCGCGUCCAAGAAGAAGAGCAAAGCGAAAAACGCGUCCAACAAGUCGAAACCCAAGCUUCCUCCUCCGAAGCCAACAAUGGCUGCUUACCGACCCGCCAUCUCCAAGGAGGAUGAGAGCGAUUUCCUGGCCUCUCUUAUGGGAGAAAUGGACUCUAUGCCUGUCGAGUUACCGCUUCCGCCACCAAGAUCGCGCAAGCGAAAACCAUCGCCUGCCUAUCGUCCUACGUACUCGUACGCCGACAUGUCUUCUGAUGGCCUCGUGCCCGAGCCAUCGAGCGACGACUUGGGAUUCAGUCCUCAAAAGAGAGUCAGGAUAGAUAACGACGAUAUCAUCCCUGGAGUGGAUCGCCUGGCCGUUGACAGUGGUUCAGAAGGCUUUGAUGACAUCGACAUGACUUCAUUCAACGACUUCGACGACCUUGACGAUGACUUUGCCAUGGAAGUCGAUGAGAAGAAGCCCCGACUUCACAUCCCCAAGGUCGUUGCCAAGACUUCUGCUGUAAAGAAGGAGGAGGAAGUGACUGCUGCAUGGCUUGCUACAUAUCAAUCUCUGUCGGCCAACCCCCCUGACGAGAUUGGGAUUUCAUCGAGCUCUUCCGGCCCCAGUAAUGUCGAUGCUCUUGAGCCUGACGGAUCGCUGCGUUUCUUCUGGCUGGAUUACCUGGAGAACGAUGGACGUUUGUACUUCGUCGGCAAACUCAAAGACAAGACGACGCAGAACUGGGUAUCUUGCUGCGUCACGGUCGAGAACCUGCAACGCAAUAUCUUUGUCUUGCCUCGCACGAAACCGGACGAGUUUGGCGACGUUCCAGGUCUACAGGAUGUGUACAACGACUUCGACAUGUUGCGGAAGAAGAUGCAGGUUUCUUCAUGGAAAGGCAAGUUCGUCAAAAGAAAUUACGCGUUUGGAGAGGUGGAUGUACCGAGAGAAGAGACUCAGUGGCUCAAGGUUGUCUAUGGAUUCAAUGAACCCCAGCUGCCUAUCACGGAUGCCGAUCCUAGCCCAAACAUUGCACGGAUCUUCGGGACUAACACAAGCGCGUUUGAGCUGCUCGUGAUGAAGCGCAAGAUCAUGGGUCCAUGUUGGCUUGAAAUCAAGAAUCCUGUGAUUGAACACAAGAAUUUCUCGUGGUGCAAACUGGAGGUCACUGUUACCGAUCCCAAGGACUUCAAUCCUUUUGCGAAAACAGACCAGAACGCACCUCGAGAGACUCCGCCGUUGAACGUGACGAGCCUGAGCGUGCGGACAGUCGUCAACCACCAGGAGAACAAACGCGAGGUCGUCUGUGUGACAGCCAGGACAUGGCAUAACUUGCUCAUCGAUGAUCCAAAACCUCCAGAGGAGCUUCCAUGCACAGUACAAACGUUUGUCAGGCCAUUGGAGAAGUUUCCGUUCAGUUUUGAGGCUGCCGCGAAAGCUAACGGCAAGGGCGCUAUCACGACUGUCAAGAAUGAACGGAUGCUUCUGAGCAGUCUUUUAAAUUCGCUAUAUCGAUCCGAUCCUGACGUUAUUAUUGGGCACGAUUUUCUCGGAGUUUCGCUCGAUGUGUUAUUGCAUCGUAUGAAAGAGCUAAAAGUGGACCAUUGGUCUCGCCUUGGUCGUUUCAGGCGAUCAAGGUGGCCCAACAUCGGCAAGCAAGGCUCGAACAUCAAGUUCCUGAGUGGUCGACUGCUUUGUGACUUGGCUAGCGAUGGAGCGAAGUCCAUGAUCACCUCCACGACCUGGUCUCUGACGGAAAUGUGCAAGACACAUCUUAACUCUGUGCGGCAGGACAUCGACCCUGACGAUACGGCCAACUACUUCGAUGGUGAUGUAAGCAGUCCGGAGAGGCUUCUUACAUUUGUACGGCACUGUGAGCUAGACGCCCACUACCACAUGGCGAUCGCGGAUAAAGUGCAGAUUUUGCCGUUGACCAAGCAGCUCACCAGCCUCGCUGGCAAUUCAUGGCAAACGUUGAAUGGCGGUCGUGCGGAACGAAAUGAAUACAUUCUUCUGCACGAAUUCCAUAAACUCAAGUACAUCUGCCCAGACAAGAUCUACGGCAAGAAGAUACGCGUCGAAGAUGCCGAAGACGCCGAAGGCGGCGGGGGUAAAUCCAAGAAGAAGCGGGACAAAUACAAGGGCGGUCUUGUGUUCGAGCCUAAGCGAGGGUUGUGGGACAAGUACAUUCUCGUCAUGGACUUUAACUCGCUGUACCCCAGCAUCAUUCAAGAGUACAACAUAGACUUUACGACGGUCGAUGUCGAAGAGCAGUUGAAUGACGAAGGAGAAGAGAAGAUCCCUGAUCCGCCAUCUCCGCAAGUGGGACAGGGUGUUCUUCCCCGUUUGAUCGCCACUUUGGUUAGACAGCGACGGACAGUCAAGUCUCUCAUGAAAGACAGGUCUACUCCGCCGGCCAAAAUGCUACAGUAUGACAUCCGACAACAAGCCCUGAAGCUUACUGCCAACAGCAUGUACGGCUGUCUCGGAUUCGAAUACUCGCGCUUCUAUGCUCGGCCGCUGGCUGCGCUGACGACUUUCAAGGGUCGUGAGAUUCUGACGCACACUCGUGAGCUUGCUGAGAGCAUGGAUCUGGAUGUGGUCUAUGGAGACACCGAUUCGGUGUUCGUGAACACGAACGUGCUCGAGCUGCCCCAAGCAAUCAAGAUAUCAGCGGAUUUCAAGAAAGCGGUCAACGAGCAGUACCGACUGCUUGAGAUUGAUCUGGACGGCGUGUUCCAACGUCUACUGCUGCUGCAGAAGAAGAAGUAUGCCGCACUCAAGGUCGAGGAGGGAUCUCGGACAUCAGUGGAGGUCAAGGGUCUGGAUAUGAAACGUCGAGAGUACUGCACGCUCUCCAAGAAUGUGUCACAAUAUGUUUUGGACCAGAUCCUCUCUGGAGAUCCGCAGGAUGAUGUGAUUCAAAACAUCCACGACUUUUUGACGAAUAUCGGCCAGAAUGUUCGGGACGGCAAGGUCAAGCUGGAGGAGUUUGUCAUCUUCAAACGUCUCGGCAAAAACCCGGAGGAUUAUCCUGACAUUAAAUCGCAGCCGCAUGUGCAGGUAGCACUGCGAAUGAAGCUGCGUGGUGGCAAUGCCAAACAUGGGGACGUGAUACCUUACGUUUUCUGUCUGUCUCCCGGAGAGCAGACGGCCAAGACUGGGCAGGCAGACCGUGCCAAGCAUCCCGACGAGUAUCGGAAGGAGGGGUCUGAGCUGAAACUGGAUGUCGAGUAUUAUCUGGCACACCAGGUUCUACCACCCAUUGAGCGGCUGUGCGAUCCGAUUGAUGGUACCGACCGAUCCCGUCUUGCGGAAUGUCUUGGGCUGGAUCCAACCCGGUACAGGACAAGCUCGUCCAGUGCCUCAGACGAGCCAGCAUUCGCGGGAUACGAUUCCUUGAUGCCGGACAGCGAACGCUUCAAGGAUGCGGUGCCUCUCGUUGUAAGAUGUCGAAAGUGCCAAGUUGAAGUCGCGUUCGGCCCGAUCCACGACCGAGAUAAAUGUAUACUGCAGACAGAAGGGCUGACCUGUCCUGAAUGCAAACAAAGUAUCAGCCACGGCAGUCUCCAGAUGCAGCUUGAGACGCAAAUCCGCAAGCACAUCAACAAAUACUACGAAGCUGUUACCCGUUGCGAUGAAUGUGGGCGAGAGACCCGUCGAAUGGGUGUCAGUGGUCGGCAUUGCCUGCAGAAUGGUUGUAGCGGCAAUGUCAACUUGCUGUAUGACGACAACAUGCUAUACAACCAAUUGCGUUACUUUUCAUCGCUGUUUGACAUGGAAAAGGCGAAACGCAGUGCUGUAGGGUCGACACAUAGCGAUCUGGUGGCUGCUGUGAUCUCGAAUAAUGCUGGCUUUCUGAGAGCAAUGAUGGCCUGCGUAGAGCGAUAUCUGGAUCAGUCGGGGCGGCGGUGGGUUGAGCUGAGUGCCAUCUUUUCAUGGAUGAAUGUCGACGAGAAGUAGCUUUUGUAUCUGUACUUAGCUCAUGUAAGCAUGUAUUUUCUAGAGCCUGAGAUGCCGUUCAUGGGUCUUCAGAGAGCCGAGCUCGCCGAUUUCAUAACAUGCGGGCCCAGUGUUGUGGCUGGACUUCCCGCUGAAGAAGCGAUUCCUGGCCUACCAACGUGAUUGAGGCAGCGCUCACGGGAUCAAAUCUUUGACGUAUUGAUUGAUGACACUGCUUCGCAAUCGAGACGACGCUGUCAAUUCAUUGUCAGUCUUGACUCUCUUCCAUUUCCAAGGUUCCAACUGUCCAGGAUGGCCGCCUCGUCGACUAUCUACAUUCCUAUAGUCUCGCCGCCCACUCCUACUGCGUCUCCCGGCCCAGAAUCAGACCUCACGCAAUGCGCCCAUAUCCCCAUCGCUCUACCCCAGAACCCGGCACUGCGACAACGCUACCUCGCGUCCAUCCUGCAUUCCCUGACCCCCGCUGAACUUUUAUUCGUCUCGACCACAAUCGCCCCGCUGCUCAAGCGAGACUUCCUCUCGGAGCUCCCCACCGAGCUUGCGUUGACCGUGCUCAGUUUCAUCGACGACCCACAAACGUUGGUGACCGCAAGUCGCGUGAGCAGGCGGUGGAGGGACAUGGCUGCCGACGACUGGAUAUGGAAGGGCAUGUGUCUGCGUCUCGGGUUCACCAUGCAGGAGAUGUUGGACGGCCAGCUCUUGGACGACACGAAGAGGGACGAAGAUCCCACUCGCUCGAUUUGGGCGAAACAGCUGCCGAGGGGGAGAAGUCGCGAACUCGAGCAGCUUCCGCCCGCGAUGUCGUAUCAUGACUAUUUCAGGAAGUCUUACAGGACCAUGAUGAAUUGGAAACACGGGGGCCGUCUUCUGCGCUGCCACCGAAUGGCACCCACGCCCGCCCCUCCGAACCACAACGCCGGCGGGCCUCUGAACUCGCUUGAUGUCAUCACAUCUGUGGCCCUCGACAGUGACUGGGUCGUUGUUGGACUCGCGAACAGCAAGAUCCACGUCUUCAGUAGCCGGACCGGGGUCCUCGCGCGGACCUUGGUCGGCCACGAAGCAGGCGUCUGGGGUGUCUGUCUCGUCAGACACGGAGGCUCCUGGGUUGGGGAUCCCAUAGUACCCGAACCCAACGCCGCAAGGGCUGCGGCUGCGUCAUCGGUGAAAUGGCGGAACGCGCUUGGUCUGGAUCUGCCGUUUGAGUCACAGCCAGCCCUCUUCCCCGGAAAAAGAUCGUCGCCAUGCGCUGCUUCGGAAGGCUGGGGUCAGCCGAACGAUCUGGUAGUCAGCGGGGGGUGUGACAAGGUGCUUCGGGUAUGGGAUGUUCGAAGCGGGUCUCCCAUUCAUGUGCUUUCCGGGCACACUUCGACUAUCCGAUGCCUGAAAGUUCUGCACAAUCGGCCAUUGGCGGUGACCGGGUCUCGCGACUCGACCCUGCGGGUAUGGGACGUCCAACAGGGACGACUAGUGCGGACGAUGACAGGCCACACGGGAAGUGUCAGGUGCUUGGAUGUCUGCGGAAAUCGAGCGGUCAGCGGAAGCUACGACGCGACCUGCCGUGUCUGGGAUCUCGACUCAGGGGAAUGCAUACAUGUCUUGCGAGGACAUUUCCACCAGAUUUAUUCGGUCGCGUUUGACGGAACGCGGAUUGCCUCGGGAGGACUGGACACUAGUGUCCGAGUGUGGGACGCACUCUCCGGACAAUGUGUGGCCCUGCUGCAAGGCCACACUGCGCUCGUCUGCCAGCUGCAGCUCUCGCAGUCGAUAGCGACGACGCUGAAUCCGCACCCGGACCCGAUCCUCGUGACCGGCGGUUCCGACGGGCGAGUCAUCACCUUCUCGCUCGCUUCGUACACGUCGCUGCACCGCAUUGCGGCGCACGACUCGAGUGUGACUUCGCUGCAGUUCAACGACCGCUGGCUUGUGACCGCGGGGAACGACGGGCGUGUCCGGUUGUGGGAGAUGGCGACCGGCGCGCAUGUCCGCGAGAUGACGGAAGUCGGGGAAAGUGUGUGGAAGGUCUGUUUCGACGGCGGCCCUGGGGAGAUCAUGUCGAUCAUGUGCAAGCGUGGUGGGAAGAGUGUCAUGGAGAUCUGGAGCUUUAGGCCGGAGGAUGGUAAAUUGCAGGGAUAAUUAUCGUGCCUGGGUUGUAUUAUCAAUAAGUACUAGAUCAUAUAAAUUCACCUAGUUUCUUCGGCGACUGUUUAUGACAUGCAUCUUGGAUCUCAGAAAUGAAGUUUCGAUUCCUGCGAUUCCCAGCUCGCUCGGUUUCAAGGACGUUGAGUCUCGACUCUCAGACCAGGGCCCGUGCUUGGAUCUGCCAUCAUCGUCUUGUUUGAUGCGGUCACGUCAACCGCAGCUGAAAGUUGAACCUUGACACAAUGACACUGACAGUUCAAGUCCAACUCUCAGAUAUGAAUGAGGCUUUCUGCCUCUCACUGACAGGUCCCCGACGGCCAUGAGGCGUCUUAUCAACCUCUUAUCGAUGAGGGACUUCUAGAAGAUAUCUUGUCGUGCUAUCCAUCUGAAUCACGUUUAAUGGCAAGCGUGGGCUCACUUCUACCGGCUCGUUAACUGCUGCCUCUCCAAUCGCACUCGUGAUGCCGCUGGAAAUGGCUUAUUUGCGGAUGGACUCUGCGCACCUGAGUGCUGCUCUCUUGUUGGCUGUUGGGGUGCUUGCCGGGUCCGCCUUCGCGUACAGGGACGAUCUGUGGUUCCUCCGCAAGAAACGGGCCAGUGGCUCGGCCACGAGGCAGACAUCCGCUGUGGCUAGGGCCGCGCAUCGCGCCGCUGGUGGUCCGUCCUGUCCUUGUUCGCUGUGCGCUGUGCGCUGAGGAGCCUCGGCUUAUCCGGAUGCAGAAUGGGAGCCCCAGGCGUUCAGCUACCCCGCUUUCGACGCUUGUGCUGUGCCGCUCGAUGAGAUACGGCCCCAGAUGUACCGGCCGUUCCGGUGGGGCGAGUACCACGUGACCAUGGGCAUCAGGAACAUGCACUGGGGCGAGUGGAUCGAGCUGGACGGCAAAUACGAGACGUACCGGCGCAUCCGCCGCGAACGCCUCCGGACGAAAGGACGCGACGUGCUCCAAGUCCUCCCGGACUCGGUGCGCGUACACGACGGCGAAGAGGCUGUGCGCGUCGGCGGCGGGGCUGCCGGCGCGAUUGAGCUCGCCCACGAGCUUGCGGAAUAUUUAUCGCGCCGGUAUCCAACGACGUUCGAGGUCACGCGGCACGCAGCAGAAUCGACUGAGGGCGUUUACUAUCCGUGCGGGUGGGACGGGUUGCCGCCGGUGGAGAGUAUUCGCAAUGCGCUAUCGGACGAGCGAUAUUCCCUUCCGCUGCCGCUUCCUCUCGAUCCGCACAAGGUCGUGGAUGAUCUGGUGCAGCAGGGAGAAGAAGCAAUGCGUAUUGCAGCGUCGCUUGUCCAGGACGAUCUUGCUAUCAUGGUCGAAGGAUCGAAUGGAGAUUACUAUUUCCAGGCUGGGGCGAUCCUCGUCGGCGGAUUCUGGCGGAUGAAAGAUAAACUGGGCAGACGAAUGGAUGAAAUACAUCUCAGUGGACACGUUCCUCAAUACAAAGAGAAACUGCACACAUCUCUUUCGCGCUUCUUCCGACGCAUGGCUGUGGACAAGCCAGUCGUCCGCAACAACUACUUCGUGCAGAUCUCGCCGCCAGCCACCGCCCACUCGGAUGCGGUCGAUCCCGAGGAACUUGCGUGGGGUAAAAACGUGAUGGGAGAGGAGGAUGCGUACGGUAAAGGGGGUGAUGGGCGCGGGGGCUUCAAAGCCGCUGCCUCGCCGCUCACUGCUCCGAUUGUCACUCCCCAGACCCUGCGGCUGCGCACGGAGCGUCAGACACUUCGGCGGCUUCCGAGGAGCGGGGCGAUUGUCUUUACCAUCCGGACGUAUCUUGUGCCGGUCGAAGAGCUGGCUUGUGAGCCUGGGGUGGCCGCGCGGUUUGCCAGUGCUGUGCGCAGCUGGCCUGAGGAUGUGCAGGAAUAUAAAGGCCAGGGGCGGUACCGGGAUGUGUUGCUCACUUACUUGGAUGAGAUGGCAGAGCAGCAGGAAGAAGAAGUUGCAAUAGUCAAGCCAUAUCCUUUCUAAACAGUGAUCAUGAAAUGCGAUCAUAGGCUUUGAUAAGAUAAGAUCAUGAAAUGCGAUCCGUUGUUGCUAGGGCGUUGCUUGGUUACGUCUUGGCAAGGAUGAGGCUCGCGUGGUUCCUUUGAUCUACACCUCUAUCCUAUUUUGCGCUCGAGGGGUAGCUAGGAUCCUCAGUAAAUCCACCUCGCAUCGAACAAGGACAGUUUACGCCCUGGACGAACUGACAUACAUGUGAGCUUCCCUAGCCUCCGAGUCCCGAUCGAGGCGGUAAGCGACGGUCCUUCAGCCACCGAGUCCCGAUUGGCGGGUCCAGGAUCGCAACUGUACUGCAGGCCCUGGUAUAAGAAUGAACGCAGGAACGUGUGUUCUGCAUCCGCCGCCUUCCUCCCUCUCCCUUCCACUGCAAUGCCCAGCCACUCCCCACUCUCCUUCUUCUCUCUGCUCGCGCUUGUCGCGCUGCUCUUCUCGGCCACGUUUGGCUCUGCCUCGCCCGUGGAGAAGCGCAGCGCCCGCACGAGCCCUCCCUCUGGAGCGGUCGUCGUGAAUGUUGCGGGCGGCAGUGGCGUACACACCACGGUCUCCUCGGCCGUGGCCGCGCUCCCGAACGACAACUCGGCGCGCACGAUCUUCAUCUACCCUGGCACCUACAACGAGCAGGUGUUCAUCACCCGGCCUGGAAUGACGACGAUCUACGGCUACACCACCAACAACCUCGACCAUGCUCAGAACGUGGUGAACAUCAAGCACUCUGCCUCUGCGUCGGCAGCCGGCGGCGACGAUCCCAGCGGCACGCUCCGGGUGCACAAGGACAACUUUGCGAUGUACAACGUGAACGUCUAUAACACGUUCGGUCAGGGCCAGCAGGCGAUUGCCGUCAGCGCCUACGGCAGCAAGCAGGGUUACUACGCGUGUGGAUUCUACGGGUACCAGGACACGCUCCUCGCCGAGCAGGGCACCCAGUUCUACGGCUACACGUACAUCCAGGGCGCCGUCGACUACGUCUUUGGCCAGCACGCGUUUGCGUUCUUCCAGUCCUGCACUCUGGCGUCCUCUGGCCCCGGUAGCAUCACCGCCGCUGGACCCUCCAGCUCGUCCGAUGGCAUCUACGUCAUUAACAAGGCGACCAUCGAGGUUGCCCCGGGAACUGGCACGUCUUUGGCCGGGAAGGUCUAUCUCGGUCGCCCCUGGUCUCAGUUCGCUCGCGUAGUCUACACCAACAGCAACAUUGGCGCACACGUCAACGCGCUCGGCUGGGACACCUGGUCCUCCGCCUCCCCCAACACCGCCCACGUCCUCUUCGCCGAGUUCGGCAGCUCCGGUGCCGGAGCCGCUGGCAAGCGGGCCUCGUUCUCCAAGAAGCUGUCCUCCGCUGCUGGCUACACCAUCUCCGAUGUUUUGGGCAGCAGCCACACCUGGGUUGACUCGGGCUACGACCACUAGGAAACUACUCAUUACUACCACUUAUUAGCCUCUUAUUUGACUUUUAAUACAAUACACUCUUUUUAACACA